CACCUAGAUGACAGCUGUUUCAGUUAUUGUUCUUAGUACACAUUGUAAAAUGACUUACUUUAACUUUAGCUAAGCGGAUGACCAGAAUUCGACAUGUCUUGGCAGUACGGAUUAAUCAGAGACAUGUCGAGGACCGACUACCUGAUUACUUCAUCGGAAUUCGGUGUAGUCAUGCCAGACAAGUUUCCUAAGGCAAAGCACCACUAUCUGGCCCUUCCAAGGGAGGAUAUUCCCAGUAUUUUUCAUCUUAACCGGACCCAUCUGCCGCUUUUGAGGGAGCUUUAUCAUCUGGCGCAGAAGGCUGUCAAAAUACGAGGUGUUGCUUGGGAGGACUUCCAGGUGGGAUUCCAUGCCGAACCGAGCUUGCAAAGGCUCCACUUACAUGUCAUCUCCAAGGACUUCGUAUCACCGUGUAUGAAGACUAAGAAGCAUUGGAACGCGCACAACACCGAACUAUUUGUUCCCUACGAAGAACUGUGCGCUCAUCUGGAGAGGGAAAACUGUUUUUCACGACUGCCAAAAUCGCUAGUAGAUAAGUUGCUAUCGCAGCCCCUGAUUUGUAACCAAUGCAAGUUCGCCCCGGAUUCGCUGUUGGACUUAAAGGCCCACUUGUUUUACCACUGGCAUAGUCGAAAAAAGGAGCAUGAGCAGAUGCACAUAAUAGAUGGAAUAAGUAAACUGUCGUUCCGAAACACUCCACCAAAACAUAACCAAGCGAUGACUCCACCCCAACUCAAUCAGUUGAACCAUAGGCCGCUGCUACCUAUGCAUCAAGUACCAAGGGCUUUUGGGAAUGGUCAUUACUUUUCACCUUCUCAAAGACAGGGCUACACUAGGACCCCGGGAAACAAAGGUUUCCGACCAUCUCCUCCCAUAAACGCCCCUCCUCAUUACACAAAAAAAACGUUUGCCCGGGAGAGAACUGUGCACAACGGUCAACAAAACGGAGCAAUCCCAAGACGAAUACCGAAAACGGAUGAAAACAAGAACCAACAGGUUACACAGGAGCCCAUUCAGCAGAAUUUGAAUUUACAACAGCCUAAUCAGGAUUCCGAUCAACAGAGUAGUCCGAACUCACAGAAAGCCCAACAACAAAGCUACAAUACUCAGCGGAAAAAUACGCAUGAGGUGAAUUCGAAAAACACCAAUACUCAAAUUCUUCAAAAUACCAGUGAAAGUUCGACUGUCCAGAAUCCAAAAGCAAAACAGUCAAAUCGUAAUAUUCUGCAGCCACACCCAGGCCUAAAAGUUAAUCAAGAAAUUGGCGAGAACAACAAUUUUAAAAAUGAUAAAAAUGAUCAACAAAACGAGAAUAAAAAUAAGAGAAGGGGAAGAAGAAAAAAAAAGAAAUCAGCUGGGAUUCCGCAGAACAACGAAUGUCUCGUUCCACCACCCCCAAAUAAUUAGAAUUUAUCGUGUUAUAGUAACUGAUUAGGGAUUUUAAAAAUUGUUUACCUAAUAUGUAAUGCUGUGAAAUAAAUAUAUAGGACCAAA